AACCAAUUACCCUUAAUUUCCGUCCGUCCCAGAAUCAUAUCCGAGAUGUAUAUAUAUAUAUAUAUAAAAGAUCGGGUUAAACUAAAAACACCGAUGAACUUUAAACCCGACGAGCUAGUUAAUGAAAAACAGGAAAGUAAGGCCAAGGGCGCUUACAGUUUUUGCAAGUGCAGCAGAAUUUUACAGGCGAAAGAAAGGACAGCAAAUUGAAAUACGCCAGUGAUUUUUGAUUGUUAGUUUUGCUCUAGGCCGUUGGAAAUGGAUCAAGACAAUCUUUCCGUGGUCGUACAUUCUGCUGGAAACCUCAGACUGGAAAAUCGUCCAGUUCCUGAACCAGGACCAAAUGAGGUCCUACUGCGGAUGCACUCUGUUGGUAUCUGUGGCUCUGACGUUCAUUACUGGCAGCACGGCAGGAUCGGAGACUUUGUGCUGAAGAAGCCGAUGGUACUGGGACACGAGGCCUCAGGACAGGUUCUCAAAGUGGGAUCCGCUGUGCGGCAUCUCAAACCAGGGGACAGAGUUGCCAUUGAGCCGGGAGUACCUCGAGAAAUCGACGAGUUUUGUAAAAACGGUCGUUACAACUUGUCCCCUACCGGUUUCUUCUGCGCCACACCUCCGGAUGAUGGGAACCUUUGCAGAUACUAUGUUCACAAUGGCAACUUCUGUUAUAAGCUUCCAGACAACGUGACCUUCGAGGAAGGAGCUUUGAUCGAGCCACUGUCGGUUGGAAUCCAUGCUUGCCGGAGAGCCGGGGUCACUCUGGGCAGUACAGUCUUUGUCUGUGGAGCAGGACCCAUUGGACUUGUAUCUCUACUUGUUGCAAAAGCGAUGGGAGCUUCACAAGUUGUAAUAAGCGAUCUGUCUGCCGAUCGGCUGAAGAAAGCCACAGAGUUGGGGGCUGAUUUUGCUGUGCAGGUGCAAGGAGAGACACCACAGGAAUUGGCCCAGAAAGUGGAGGCUUUGCUGGGCUGCAAGCCAGAGAUCACUAUUGAGUGUACCGGAGCGGAAUCCUGUAUCCAGACUGGCAUUUAUGCGACUCGCUCAGGGGGGGUUGUGGUGCAGGUUGGCCUAGGUCCGGAGAUGGUGACUGUCCCCUUAGUGAAUGCAGCUGUGAGAGAGGUGGACAUCAGAGGCAUCUUUAGAUACUGUAACACAUGGCCGAUGGCAAUCGCAAUGCUUGCUUCCAAGAAAGUGGAUGUGAAGCCCCUGGUCACCCAUCGCUUCCCGUUGGAGCAGGCUCUUGAGGCGUUUGAAACAACAAGGAAAGGGCUGGGAGUCAAAGUGAUGCUCAAGUGUGACAAGAGCGAUCAGAACCCGUGAAGGGAGCGCAGUAGAAAGCCAACAGACACAAUGCAGAGGGAGUCUUGAGACUAGAAUAACUUUAUGCUUAUGAUUGAGAAAUUGAGCCAGAUGUCACAGUGAAUCGACUUGUCCUAAACAUUAUCAGUGCAGCUUUUUGCAGAUUCAUGUGUAAAUGGGGCUUCUAAAUUUAGAUUCAUAAAUGUCAUUGUGAAUUCUAGAGGAAUGUAAUUGCAUGUUAUAAGAAAUGCAUCACCUUAUUGGUUUGCUAAUUAGUGUGCUUUGCAAGAACAGGGGACAUAACUCGGGC